GCUGUCAAUCAGUCAUUUUUAUAUCAUUUAUUUUCUUAAAUGUCAUUUUUGAUUUUCGAAUAUUCGAAUAAAUUGUCCCCGUUCGCGCUAUUUUCAUAUUUAUUUUUUCGUUUCUUUCUUUUCAUCUUAAGUUUUAAGUUUUCUGAAAAUUAAAUUUUACAGUGAAUUUAUUAGUAACAAAAUUAAAAUGUCUACCAAUGAGACACAAAAUUCACGUAUAAGUAUGAGCAGCCACAAUAGAAAAGUUCGCUAUCGGGCGCUUCUAGAGGAUUUGUCAACAUUAGAAGACGAUAGCAGCUCCAAUGUGGAACGUAUGGAGCGGACGGCCAAUGCUGUCAAGGAAGCACAGAACCUACUGGCUGAGGGUGACGUAGAGGAGAGAGUCAAGCAUCCAGGCGAGGCGUACUUGGACUCGCGGGUGCUGCGAGCCACCAGCGACCUGGCGGUGCGCUGCUCGGAGGCAGUUAGUGGCAACGUGAACACAUACGACCGCCAUGAGCUUGCACGGCACAUACGCGAGAACCCCGAAGCGUGGUGGUUCCCGUUUCCGUUGGAGGUGCCGCCGGCGGUGAGCCUGUUCGGCUCGUUCGCGCCGACGCCGCCCGAGCAGCGGCCGCGGCAGCCGCGCCGCCGCACCGAGCGGCAGCAGCAGGCCGCGCUGCAGGCGCCCGAGAAGAUUGACAAAUUGGAGAAGACAGAAGAAGGCUCCGAGAUGGUGAGCAGAGUGAACCGGUUCAUCCUCAAAUCCUACCGGGAUGGCGGUGAGAAACCGCUGAGCUAUUUCCACGUAGUUCUGGACCCUGACAGCUUCAGCCGCACCAUCGAGAAUAUAUACCACUUGUCCUUCCUCAUCAGAGAUGGGAAGGUGGCUGUGCAGCUUGACGAGGAGUACGCGCUGCCGUUCGUGAGGCCGGUGUCCCAGGAGCACGAGGACGCCGCCGGGGACGAGAACCAAUUCAUAGUCUCCUUGGAUACGGCGCGGUGGCAGGAGCUGAUAGAAGCAUUUAAUAUACAAAAACCUUUGAUGGUACUUAAGCGGCGCUGAUGGUGAACGGCCGCCCGCAGUCGGGAGCUAACGUAUAUCUAGUAUAUUUAUACUUAUUUUUUUUUAAUGGGUGAAAAUGGGAUGGUAACCCCGCCAGCGCUGUUGGUAUACAGGUAUGGUUGGCUGGCGCCGCACCAGUGAGGGAACAUAGGUGAGGAUGAAAGCUUGAUGAAAGGAUGCAAGUCAGUUAGCCCAUCGUGACGAAUUCCACAAGAAAUAACCAUGAUGCUUUCCAAGGGGAACCGCGUGGAGGUCGACCUGACAGGGUAUAUUGUUAGCAAUGGGGCGGUUAGUCCCCAUUGUUGCCAAUAUAUUUACAAAUUAUUACAAAUGCUCUGACUACAGUUAAGUACAGUCUUAUGUUUUUGAGGUUAUAGUUUAAGUUAUAUUAUGGAGCUCUUGUAAUAGAAAUAAAAGUUAAUUUAUUGUAAUUUUUGUAAUAAAAAUGAUUCGUUUUAUAAGGCUUUUUAUUAUGAAUUUUUC